GCGUUCCUCAUUCAGAAGAGCUAUGCUAUCAGUUUGGUGCUCCAUUCUUAGACGUCACGCCAUGUCCGAACUCACGUAACGUCACGUGUCCAGUCACGUGGGGAAAAAACCAAAAUUGGUCGAUAGCCGACAAGCAAGUCAGUCUUGAAACAAUGAAACUUUGGGCAGGCUUUGCCAAAUUGAAACAGAAUAGCGCUAUAUUUCCAUCUAGUGAUGGAAGCCACCAGAACUGGUCUCAAUAUUCGCCCGGUGAAAAUAUUCUGAACAUAAGUACAGCGAUAACACAGGAACAUCUCCGAAAAACCAAUGGCGUUCGUUUUUGGGAAAGUUUUAAUUACCUAAACCUCUCUGAACACAUUCCAGAUGUCUGUCAUUCUGAAUCAAGUAUUCUUGUAGGGAAAUAAAUCUAAAUAUUUGA